AUGGCGGUACAACAACAGGUCGAGAAUCAAGGCACUGCUCUGAACCUCCUGUGUAGCGUCAGCCCACACCAUGACUUCCUUCUACAUGACCUCAAGCCAGCCUCUGGGCCAGGACCCCCCACCAUUCCUGCCAACAUCGGAAGCUGUGGGGCCUAUGGUGAGGGUACCCUGAACGGCCAUGAAAAGGUGACCAUGCAGUUCCUGAACGACCGCCUGGCCAACUACCUGCAGAAGGUGCGGCAGCUGGAGCAGGAGAACGCGGAGCUGGAGACCAAGAUCCGAGAGUGGAGCAAAUGCCAUGAGACCACCAUGUGCCCCAACUACCAGUGCUACUUCCAGACCAUCGAGGAGCUCCAGCAGAAGAUCCUGUGCAGCAAAGCUGAGAAUGCCAGGCUGGUUAGCCAGAUUGACAAUGCCAAGCUGGCUGCCGAUGACUUUAGGAUCAAGCACGAGAGUGAGCACUCCCUGCGCCUGCUGGUGGAGGCGGACAUGUGUGGGAUGCACAAGCUCCUGGAUGACCUGAGCCUGGCCAAGGCCGACCUGGAGGCCCAGCAGGAGUCCCUGAAGGAGGAGCAGCUCUGCCUCAAGAGCAACCACGAGAAGGAAGUUAACAUUCUGAAGUGCCAGCUGGGAGACAGGCUCCGGAUUGAGCUGGACACGGAGCCCACCGUGGACCUGAGCCGGGUGCUGGAGGAGAUGCGGUGCCAGUAUGAGACCAUGGUGGAGACCAACCGGCGUGACGUGGAGCAGUGGUUCGAAGCUCAGUCUGAAGGCAUCAGCCUGCAGGCCUCGUCCUGCUCUGAGGAGCUGCAGUGCUGCCAGUCGGAGAUCCUGGAGCUGAGAUGCACGGUGAACGCCCUGGAGGUGGAGCGCCAAGCCCAGCACCAGCUGAAAGACUGUCUGCAGAACUCCCUGUGUGAGGCCGAGGCCCGCUUCGGCACCGAGCUGGCCCAGAUGCAGUGCCUGAUCAGCACCGUGGAGGAGCAGCUGGCCGAGAUCCGGGCUGACCUGGAGCGGCAGAACCAGGAGUACCAGGUGCUGCUAGACGUCAAGGCCCGGCUGGAGUGUGAGAUCGCCACGUACCGGAACCUUCUGGAGAGCGAGGACUGCAAACUCCCCUGCAAUCCCUGCUCUACACCUGCCUCCUGUACCCUUCGUCCAAGCUGCCCCCCGCCGGCCUGUGGGUCUUCAUGA